AUGGCUCACGCUCUGAGAAAAACCCGAAAACUUCGGGGUCAUGUUUCCCACGGUCACGGCCGUAUUGGAAAGCACAGGAAGCACCCUGGAGGUCGUGGUAACGCUGGUGGUCAACAUCAUCACAGAAUUAACCGCGAUAAGUACCAUCCUGGAUUUUUCGGAAAGGUAUGCGUGUUUAAAUAUUUUCACAAGAAAAACAGUUCCGAGGAAGGGAAUACACUGCACAAAGGAAAAAAGUUUUAAUGAGUAUAGUCUGUUCAGAUUUUGAAUGUCAAGCAGCUAACUCCACCCCCAAGGCUACAAUAUCUUUCGCGUCAAUGUUUUAUCUACAUAUGCCAAUGGCCCUUUAAUAAGGCUGCUUUUUUGACCUCUUUUUCUAUCUUUUAGAUCGAAAAAGAUCAAAAUUAGUCCCGCGCGAUGAAACAUCGACGCGAAAAGGUACCGUCUCAGCAGGGGCGGAGUUAGCUGGUUGACAUUCAAAAUCUGAACAGACUAUAAUUUAGAUCUAAUUGUUCAAUAAAGAUGAUUUUCGAUUUAGCGCUUGCUAUUGUAGGUGAAGUUUGUAAACAUUUUGUUCAACGUGUUUUUGGUUAAUUCAAGGUAGGGAAAAAUGGUUUCCAUUAAGUAAAAGGCUGAAAAAUAAAAACCAUUGAGCAUUUUUUAAAAACGCACCGCGAUCGAAGUUAAUUUUAUAUGCGCGUCGAGUUAUAAUGGACUAGUUUUGAACACAACUUUAGGGACUCAAUAUGCUUUUUUGCAAUAUGAUUGUAAUUAAAUUUUCUUUUCUCACAGCUGGUCUAAGGAAAAAAAAAGUUCAUAUUAAUGUUCGAAAUCAUAGUUGUUAUUAUGUUCAAAAUAAUUUCAGCGAAAUAGAAAUGAUCUGUGACUCUUAAAAGUUUUCCACGCUUGCAACAAUAUCAAAUUGAAAGCGACACAAAACACGUUACCGGGGAGCUUUGCAGUUUCAGUAAUCGUAACUCUGAAGAGUCGUCUCAAUAAGAACUGUUUUGAGAAGUAAUUCGCAUUUAACCAUUGGUAGAGAAAAAAAGAAAAAAAAAAUUUUCCUUUUUUUUUUGUUGAUAAAUAUCAGAAAAAUAACUGAAAAUUGUUUUUAUGUUUAACCAUUUGAAAAUUCUCUUAUCUUGGCGCAGCCGCUGGUCAAUGUGGAUGUGUAUGUUAUAAGAGAUAAAUUAUCGCCUACGGCAGUCGGGUCUCCUUCGGUGCUUUUUUCCAAACUCAAAAAGUAUCAUCCUCUGGAUUCGAAACAUUACUAAUUUCAGGUUGGUAUGCGCGUUUUUCACCUCAACAAAAAUCAUCAUUACUGCCCUACGGUCAACGUCGACAGGCUUUGGGCUUUAGUCCCAGAGGAGCACAAGAAUAAGGCCAGCGCAAAUAAGGCUCCUGUCAUCGACUGCGUCAAGGCUGGAUAUUUCAAGGUUUUUUUUGUUCACUUCUGCUUUUCUCUUAUCUUGGCGCAGCCGCUGGUAAAUGUGGAUGUGUAUGUUAUAAGAGAUAAAAUAUCGCCUACGGCAGUCGGGUCUCCUUCGGUGCUUUUUUUUUCAAACUCAAAAAGUAUCAUCCUCUGGACUCGAAACAUUCUCAAUUUUCAGGUUCUCGGAAAAGGACUCCUGCCGAAGCAACCUCUCAUCGUUAAGGCGAAAUUUUUCUCCCAUGAAGCUGAAAACAAGAUUAAGGCUGCCGGAGGAGCCUGUGUUUUGGUGGCAUGA